GCUAAAGAUUGAACUGCGCGGUUCUGUGUCUUGCCCAUGCGCAGUUAAAAUGGUUAAAACUGUAGGUAUAAGUAGGCAAAACGGAGCGUCGGGAAAAGGAUUAUAUUUUAAAUGUAGAAACUUAUUCAAAAAUCUCUUUGGCUAAGCCACAAAGAGGUAGUUACUAUGCUGCCUUUUCAGAAAUGACAAAUACCAGAUGUCGUAAAUUCAAAACUCCGGCCGUGGGAAAGUCCAAGUCUUCCAACGUAGCGAUCAGUGCCAAAGCAGAAAAUAAGAAAAACAAGAAAAGUCUGAGCAAUGCCCAAUUGCAGCCCUUGGUGGUAAAGAAACGUGGAGUUUAUGUGGAGAAGAAGAUUCAAUCUUCUACUGAUACACAAGAAGCCAACGAUACGAAAAUCCAGACGAAGGCCCCACGUAGACCGCGGCCAGGCCAGAAGAAAUUUUUAGCCUCCGUGCUAACAAUUCUAUCCAAAUCAACAACCGGAACACAAUAUCCAGAUAUACAAGAGAAUAAAAAAGAAAAGGCACGAUUUACACCAAAAUUUAAAAGCACAAAUGAUUCAGAAUCCAAAUACAAACAAGUAACUAAUAAAACAAAGAAGACUAAAUAUAGAUCUCGAGUAUUGAACGAUGAGAUGCUAAAAUCUGAAAAGGAACAACUUAUAAUCUUGCAACCGAAAAUGGAAAUCACUCAAACACCCUCCAGUAAUUCUUUUAGAGUUAAAACCGCAAGCGACGUAACAAAACCGAUAGAGGAAAAUGAACCCAAACAAAGUGCAAUAAGAAAUAUUUUAGAAAACAAUAUUUACAGUGGAGUAGCUGAAGGUAUUACCAAAGAAGUUUUAGAAGGAAAACCGAAAAAAGAAAAGAUAUUUAGGAUCAACGAUGACCCAGAAACUAUAGCUUCCGAAAUAGCGGAGAAAGAUGACAGACAUAUGUACAACUUUUUCGUCGAUUUACUAGAAACCACUAUAAGCGUUUAUAACGUUAAAACAGAAUACGAAAUCAGCGACGUUUCGAAAAGCGCUUUCGAAUUAGACGAUAGUGUUAUCCAGAAACUUGAAAUAAAAAAGGAACACAGUUCAUUACAUCACAGUGUAAAUUAUACAUCCAAGUGUGAAUGUAAACAUGUAUUAAAAAAAGGAAGUAGUCCAAUUGAUAUCAAAUCAUCUGAUGAUACACCAUCCCCAACUGUAAAACCCAAAAUCAAAGUGAAAUCAUGUCUGAAUCCCAAAAGUAUAACAUAUACAAGGAAAGCGAAAACUGCACCAAAAUCUAAGAGCUUUGAUAACAACAAGGGAUAUAUUAGAAAACCAAACAAGAAACAGAUACUAAACGAUUUGAAACAAGAGCUAGCAAAAGACACAUAUACUUUUCACGAACCAAAAAGUCUAUAUGAUGCAUUAAUAGUUAUGGCAAAAAAUAAAAGUAGAAAUGAGAAAUCCUUACAUUUCGUUAGUAAGAUAGACAACAGAAUGGAUAGUAAAGAUUCUUGUAUGUUUGAGAGAAGAAAAGUCAUAUCAUUUGGAAUGAGAAAAAAUUAUAAUCAAACAAGAAAGCAACUACCAACUUCUGAGUCGAGGAAUUGCAAAAAAGCUGAGGAUUUUGGUAAGAAAAGAUAUGUGCCGUCCAGCCAUUCUCUAGAAGUUUAUGGAUAUGAUUAUGAAGAGCCUGCGAAAGUUCUAGAAGAGAAACGUGAAAAGAGAAUAAUUUUCAACUAUCAUUCCAGUCCAUCAACAAGUGAAUUUUUAGUUGAUUACAAUUUAUAACAAAAUACAAAAUAUUUUUAUUCAAUUAAAAUUUUACAAGUGCUUUUGAA